GCAGGUGCUUGCUGAGUGCCGGUGUUAUUUUGCAUGUUGUCACAGAAAUGAAGAGUGUGACGAUGAAUUCUGUGGCUGUGCUUUCAGUGAUUGCUUGUUUCAUUGUCGUUACAUAUUGUUAUGAUUUGUACGAAACACUUGGAGUGGGAAAAGGCGCCAGCAGUCAGGAAAUCAGGAAAGCUUACAAAAAGAUGGCCAGGGAAUGGCAUCCAGACAAGAAUGACGCCCCAAAUGCUGCUGACGUAUUUACGAAGAUAAAUGAGGCUUAUGAGACUUUGAGUGACCCAGAGAAGAGAAGCACCUAUGACAACUAUGGCUAUACUUCGGCCAGUAACAACGAGGGUCGCAACCACAAUUUCCGCCAACAGGGGUUCGCUCCCUUUGACAACUUCUUUGGAGGGGGAGGAGGUGGUGGAGGAUUCCGAUUUUCUUUUGGUGGCGAUUCCAUCAUUGAAAAACAUCGAAUUACUCUACGCAAUUUUGAGACGAAGGUGGUGCCGGAGAGUUUCACUCGGCCAUGUUUUAUGUACGUCUACACCAGUUUCUGCUUCGACUGCCUGAGGAUUGAGCCGUACAUUGAGAAGAUCAUCAUGGAGCUACAGAGCGUGGGUCUGUGUGUUGGAGCAGUUCAUGACAUGCACAGUCAGGGUGUGGUCAGUCACCUCCGGAUCAGCCACGCCCCUGCCAUCCUUGGCAUUGUCAAUGGCCGACCAGUGCACUAUAAAGGCGGGAUCAGCAUGAACAUGCUGCGAGAGUUUGUCCGAGGCUGGUUCCCCAAGAACACUCUCCAUACGGUUAAUGACAAAAACUACGAUGAGUUCCUGAGUGGCUGGGCGGACAACAGGGUGCGAGCUAUCUUCUUCUCCCAGAAAGAUCAGCCAUCUGCCCGGUUCCUGGCGCCAGCGUACUACUACCGGGAGUACGUGAAGAGUGGCUACGUCAACACACACUCACCGGGGGCAGCUCGGAUCAUGAAGAUGUUCGGCGUCAAUCACAACCGAGAAACACUCCUCAUGUUCAACGAGGAGGUUUCUUCUCCUGUGGCCUCUGUUGCUAUGCAGCAGUUACCGAGGAAGACAUUGGAUGAAGUGAUCGAGUCCAACAAGUUUCUGCUGCUGCCACGACUGUCGUCACAGAAGUUCCUGGACACGCUUUGCCCAGCAGAACCCAAGCUAAAAAGAAGGAAAUUUUGUGUUGUCUUGGUAACCAAACAGUCGGUUGACCAUGACCCCCAUAGGGUAUCCUUCAGGAAUUUUGCACAGUCCAAGAAGUUCUCUGAUGACAAGGUUAAAUUUGUGUACAUUUACGAGGACACCCAGCACAAGUUUAUCAGCACUCUCACCAAGGGCAAUGUCACCAGGAAGGAAAGCACAGUUGAGGUGGCCAUCAUGUGGAGGAUGGACAGCCAGAAGUUGAACUAUGAGUUCCUGGAGUCUGGCUGGAGCAUCAACAGUGAGCGUGUGGGGGCAUCACGGGAACAGCUGGAGGCACGGCUCCACACCCUCCUCACCUCAGACCGACUUCUCCCCUACAAGGCUAUCUUCACAGAGCUCUACAAUGAACAUGCACUGAGUUUGCUGACAAGGAUAUUUCACAAGCUCUUUGACUGGGCAGACAGACUCUUCUUUUUUGCUUUUAGCUAUGACGGGAUGACGCUGAUGACCGUCAUGUUCGCUGUCUUGUUCGUCAUCCUGGCCGGCUACUCCAUGCAGAAGUUGGCCAGUGUGGAACACGACAAGGUCAAGAGGCAGAUGGAUGCCAAGAAGAGGAACAUGCGCCCUCCUUCCAGCACGCCGGACAACCAAACAAUCCAUCUGUACGACCUGAGGUUCGAGACGUACAAGAAUCUGGUGGCUGAGGCAGACACAGGCCUCACCAUUGUCAUCUUCGUCAACGAGACAUCAAAAGAGCAAAUGUUGACACGCUUUGCCCAGAUCAUGCAGCCAUAUUCCAGGUACAGUGCCCUGACCUUCGCCUACCUUCAGCUGGAGUACUACAUCAGCUGGUACCAGCACCUUCUGGAGCUCAGCCUAAACUUCAAGGUCAAGCUCAACAACAUCAACAUCAACAGCUGUGUCGGCACCGUCCUCGCCAUCAACGGCUACCGCAAAUACUACUACAUCUUCCACCCGAAGAAGGCGCGGCAGUGGAUGAAGGAACACAAUAAUCUUUCAAGGGCCAUCGGUUUCCUUGACGACGACUCCGAUUCCGACAAGGAACAGGACAAUAUGGACUUCAGUAAGAAAUAUCUCAGUGGGUUGGCCAUGUGGAUGGAUCGUAUAUUUGAUGGCUCGGCUGUUAAGGUCCGACUAGAUUACUGGCCUGAGAUGUGUUCAUGAUGUUUGUGAUGUGUACUAGUUUAUUCUAUUUAUUUAUGUGAUCAAGCAUUUACACAUAAUUGCUCAUUACAGAAGAGUAGUUAUUUACCUCAUUUGUUUUCCUUUUCAUAUUUCUUAAAACGUUUUUUCUGGUCUUUAAGAUGAAAGUAUAAACAGAUUUUUUCUAGAUCAGGGUUAAAUAUUUUUAGUGUAAAUAUAGUUAAUAUUGAAAUGGCACUUGAAGACAAGUUGGUGCCUGCAGAUCACAUUUGGCAAUCAUGCUUGUGAUGAUAUUUAAGGUUUGAGGCCAGUGAUAAAUGUACAAUUAAAUUGGACAAACACAAGGAAAUUGAUGAACAUACUUAUGCACAGUGUGAUUCACAAAUUUAACCUGGAAGUCAGAAAAUGAAAAGGAUAUUAUAGAUCUCAACAGAACGAAGGAAGAAACUUUCUAAGUUAGAUGUUCCUUUUUGGCAAAGUUCCGAAAGGCUCAUCUUGAGUGGCUCACUGAUAUUGGAAAGUAAUCUCUCUUCAUGGAGAGAGGGAGACCGAGUUAGCUAGGCUUUGAAUUCACCGUAUUGAUGAAACUUUCUUAAACGUUUAUUCGGCAUUCCAUUAAACAUGUUAAACGUAUAAUAUGUGAUUGAUUAAUUUGUUUGAGCUGUUGUUGGCAGAUUCCUUAAUAGGCAAUCCACACGACAUAAUCUGUAAUGCAAUGUAAUAUGUGUAAGCUCAGAUUAUUCAGUAUUAUGUUGUUAUGCUUGUUUCAAGAGAUGUGCAGUGUGUUCUUUGAGAGUGAACUACUCUGUGAGAGUGAACUACUAGAUCUCCCUUCAUUUCACAGCCAGUUGUUACGCUUUUAGCGGAAGUGGAGAGAAAGAACCUUGUCCUAGUCCUAAGGUGACCCUUGUGUCUGUAGGACAUGGCUGUUCUUGUCCUAGUAUGACCCUUGUGCCCUUGUGUCUACGGGACAUGUAGGGCAUGGCUAUUCUUGUCCUAGUAUGACCCAAGUGCCAUUGUGUCUACAGGACAUGUAGGACAUGGCUAUUCAUGUCCUAGUAUGAUCCUUGUGUCUACAGGACAUGUAGGACAUGGCUAUUCUUGUCCUAGUAUGACCCUUGUGUCUACAGGACAUGUAGGACAUGGCUAUUCUUGUCCUAGUAUGACCCAAGUGCCCUUGUGUCUACAGGACAUGUAGGGCAUGGCUAUUCAUGUCCUAGUAUGACCUUUGUGUCUACAGGACAUGUAGGACAUGGCUAUUCAUGUCCUAGUAUGACCGGUGUACCCUUGUGUCUACAGGACAUGUAGGACAUGGCUAUUCUUGUCCUAGUAUGACCUUUGUGCCCUUGUGUCUACAGGACAUGUAGGGCAUGGCUAUUCUUGUCCUAGUAUGACCCUUGUGUCUACAGGACAAGUAGGACAUGGCUAUUCUUGUCCUAGUAUGACCUUUGUGCCCUUGUGUCUACAGGACAUGUAGGGCAUGGCUAUUCUUGUCCUAGUAUGACCUUUGUGCCCUUGUGUCUACAGGACAAGUAGGGCAUGGCUAUUCUUGUCCUAGUAUGACCCUUGUGUCUACAGGACAAGUAGGACAUGGCUGUUCUUGUCCUAGUAUGACCUUUGUGCCCUUGUGUCUACAGGACAUGUAGGGCAUGGCUAUUCUUGUCCUAGUAUGACCUUUGUGCCCUUGUGUCUACAGGACAAGUAGGACAUGGCUGUUCUUGUCCUAGUAUGACCCUUGUGCCCGUGUGUCUACAGGACAUGGACAUUCUUGUCCUAUUUUCGUGUGCCAGUGCUUCCUCAUUUUCAUGAUUUGUAUUUGAAGAAAACUUGAUAAAUGUUAGACAGAUGUGCAAUAUUGUAGUGUAGUCAACAUUUCAGGUUUAAUUACAGUGGUUCUAACUCAGGCAUGUAAUUAUAUGAUGCAUCAGCAAGGACUAAACAUGACUUUAUGUUCCUUGUAGUUGGACAUAGAAAUCCACAGUUUCAAGUGGCUCGAGAAAGGCAGUCCAUACUCACUACCUACAAUAGUUUAGUAUUGUUAGCCCUAUCUAUUUGAGAUGCUUAAGAAGUCUGUCAGCCAUUUGAACGCCUGGAUGUAAAGACGUGUGAUAUGUAUAGGAAGUUCAUUAUGUUCCGUGUUGUGAAUAUUGUCUCUUAAAAAUGUCCUGAAGUAUGUCCUCAGUCUCUCAGUAAUGCCACUUGAAUCACGCAGAGCUAACAUGAGUGACGGCCUUAUCAAAUGCAGAGCAAGGACAAUGUUUUGCCAAAGUAGAAUGUCUUAAGUGAUCGGCCCUGAUCUUGAUGAUUAGUCGCUAUAUGGCCAAAAUAAUGCUGAUGCAAUGUUAAAUUUUCAUUCUCUCACUCACCGAUAAUUGAUCAUCAAAUACUUCAAGGUCAUCACGUAAUUGAAGUAGGUGUCCUACCGGAGGUCAGGAUUAAUGACAUAGAACUUAGGGCUGUAGUGAGCUUAAGUAUCUAUGCAUUGAGAUGCUUUGGGUUUGAGCCGCAUCAUGUUUCGUAUCGCGAUCACAGGCUUGUUAAGUAAGUUUCUUGUUUCUCUUUACCACAUACCCCUAAUACUACCCCUGACCCCUGACCCCUAAUACUACCGCUGACCCCUAAUACUACCGCUGAGCCCUAAUACUACUGCUGACCCCUGACCCCUAAUGCUACCGCUGACCCCUGACCCCUAAUACUACCGCUGACCCCUAAUACUACCGCUUACCCCUAAUACAAUCUCUGAUUCCAUUUUAAAUUAAUUUUAACCACUUUUAACAACUGAAAUAACUUGUGAUACUCAAAUUCCGUGUUAGGAUUCCAUCUUUUGCACACACCAUGACAUUUUUAGUGUGCCAGACUUGCAGGGGAUUGUAGCAGUGGUAACCAUGGUCACAGCCUGUCUCAUGUUCAGUCGCAGGAAGCCCUGAAGAGGCCACAUGGUACAUAAGAAUUAAGUUUAUUUUUGUCGAUUUGUAACUUUAAUAUGAAAAGAGAAAAUCCUCCCCCUCUAACCUGUCAGUUUUGAAAAAGGUAGUGAGAAACAUGAGUAUGUUUUAACAGGCCUUACUAUCAAGAUACAGAGACAAAGUGUUAGUUAAGCCCCAGAGCUGGUGGUAUGUAUCCUGAUGUGGGCGGCUGAGAUUGUGACCAUCUGCCCAAAUGUACAAGAUGAAAGACUUGUGUGUCUUCGGUAUUAAUGUGUUGUCAGCAGGUCCUGACAAGCAAGUUCAGGCUGUCUCCUUUGUGUCAUGGUAUAACUGUAUGUACAUUUGUCUCUCCAAAAUGUGAACACAUUUCCUACCAUGCCAACAUUCCUAUGAUAUAUUACUCAAUGUCCCACUGCCGGAUGUUUGCUUGUAGACAACUGUUACAAAGACCUACAGUCCAACCUUGUUGUCCUAAACUCGGAUGAGUUGAAUCCCUGGUUGGGUUGAACUCACAAUCCUGUCCAUGUUAAACUCUAACUGUAUUUACCAUAGUCGACGUCAUAAGCGUCCCGCUUUAAUAAGUGCCCACGGCAAUAUUUGCUAAUAUAUUGGCUUAUGAAAAAUCCCAAUUAGCACCCAUUCCGAUGGAUCAAUGUACGCAAGACUUAUUUAUUCGUGUAUUAUAUGUACUCGUGUGUUAUAUGCAAUUAUAUUCUGGAAAAAUAUAUUUGUCCUACAUAAACAUUUCAGGCUGUCAGCAUAAACCAUGAAAUUUAUCUUUCAACUCAAUCUUUCAAUUUUUUUCACCAAAAUAAUAUUCUAAUAAGAGCCCCUAUUUCUAAUUUUGAGAGCCCUGUGGGCGCUUUUUACAUCAAAUGCGCUAUAAGUUAUUUCAAACUGAAUAUGUCUACCUUGACGUCUCGAACUGUCUCGGACUUAAUUUGUAGUCCCAAGAGUUAAAAUAAAUUUAACAUGUUAUGGGUCGAACUCAAUUGUUUCUAAAACCACAAGAAUUUAUGUUAACCCAAACUUUUAGCGGUCACAUGAUUGUCAUUAUUAUUCAAAUGAUUUGUACAUUAUAUGCACAAAGUGAUACGAUGGCUUUCUGUUGGCUAAUGGCCUUGUCAGGCAGUAAUAAGGUUGAGUUGAAUGUGUCAAACUCUAGUUAAGCCAACUUAUUUCUAUUGUACCCCAGUGUUCAAGACAACAAGGUUCGACUGUAAAUGUGCACUGUGGGAUGUGUAUGCUUUUGCAGCAUUUUGUUUUAAAUUGUAAGUGUCUAUUUUGUCUGUAAUGCUGUUUACAUCGUUGUGCACAGUUGUGUCUCUCAGACGUGCCAAAACAUCUUUGAUAUUCAACUUCGGUUUACCUCGAUUAUCUUUCUACGUUUGUCAGCACCAUACCCUUGCUAAUGGGUUUCACCAAAGUGGUAAACGUCUGAGACCUGCAUCAUGUUGGGCUUUCCUCCCACAUUAAGCUGACACGCCGUGUUAUAUCUGGAAGCGUGAUUGUUCAAAGUGGUGUUAAACCCAACGCACUCACUCUAUGAUGUGCCAGACACCUAUGACAAUAUUCAAAUCCUGGUUCGCCCUGAGUGUUCCUUGGUUUCUAAGCACAGUACCUGUACUUGUGGGUUUCACCAAAGUGGUAAACUUCUCUGACCAAAUACAGUUCAAAGCGGCAUGAAACCAAAGUCACUCACUCACUCUCACAUCAUUGAUGGUUAUCAGGAAAGUAGUGAGGUCCAAUCUCAUUAAAAUCAGAUCUAAGUUCUCUGCCGCUAAACAAAGAUCUGAGGAUAUCCCAUAAUGGGUCACAUCAGAACAACCUUUCACAAACUUUGACCGAUCACUGAAAUGACUAACAAGAAGCCGACAUCAGCCAAUGAAAAAGCAUCUCUCUCAAGCUUUACGGCACUCGUUUCAACCUGGCGACUUCCAUUUCAGACUACGAUUAAAAUUUUGAAAACUGAACAAACGAACAUUCCGGAAUGUCUAAUAUAUGAUUGAAAUUGUAUAGCAGUGCGUCCCACAUACUGUGCAACGCCUCCUCCGUUCAAAAGUUUAUUCCUUGGAAGCGAGAGAGACAGAUAAUAAGUUUGACAGAAUCAUUGGUACGGGCCGUAACUGUCGUUCGGAAUACCCUGUGUUAACAUUUUCAAGGUAGCAUGAUUAUGAAACACAUUCCGACUGUCACUUUCAUGAUCUGGUAAGCGCCGCUUUGAUUGGUCGGAUGAAAAAUCGUUCUGACGUGACCUGUAAUGGGAUGUCCUUAGAUCUUUGUUUAGCGAUAGUGAAAACUAAGAUCUGAUUUUAAUGAGAUUGUAGUGAGGCCAGAACAAAGAAUCAGUACUGAGGUGAAACUAGACAAAUAGUUUGGGACAGCUAAAGCAUUAAGCGCUGUUCAGCAAAUUGGGGCAUCAUGUCCCCUAGAAUAUUUGGCUUAACCUGUCAUCUGAGGAAUCUGGGAAUUACUGUUUUGUGCUGAACUUUUGUAAAAAGUUUGCAGAUUGAUAGCUUUGUGGGUAGUUCAUAGAUGGACUUUGAAUUGUCCUUGAUGGAUUUUUUCAUAAUUAUCGAUUGAUACGGGUUAUCACAUCGAUAUUAACAAUUUGUUGUCACUGAUGGGUAAACACAUUGAGAAUUGGUUGUCCUUGAUGGUUAAUGGUAAUCACUUUGAUAGCAACAGCUAGUUUUCCUUGAUGUGUAAUCCAGUUCACAUUGGUUGUCCUUGAAGGAUAACGGUAUCACUUUGACAGUAACAGUUGGUUGUCCUUGAUGGUUAAUGGUAAUCACUUUGAUAGCAACAGCUAGUUUUCCUUGAUGGGUAAUCCAAUUGACAUUGGUCAUCCUUGAUGGAUAAUAUUAAUCACUUUGAUAGCAACAGCUAGUUUUCCUUGAUGUGUAAUCCAGUUCACAUUGGUUGUCCUUGAAGGAUAAUGGUAAUCACUUUGACAGUAACAGUUGGUUGUCCUUGAUGGGUAAUCCAAUUGAUGACCUUCUCCAAGCUGUAUCAUUUCUGUAAUGAUGGGCGAGUUCAUCUCAAAGUUUGUGAUAUCCCAUUAGUCAUGAUAUGUAUCUGUGCAUUUCAUAAUUUUCUACUUUAUUUUUACAUACGUCUUGUAAAUAAGUUUUUAAAAUAGUUUUUUGGGAAUGCGACAGGUAGCGUUACUCAGUUUCCCGUCUCACGGCUGUGAAGAUGUUUUUGUGGGCAUGAUGCAGUGGUCGGUGUCUGUCAGUCAGUGGGUUAAAUCAGAACAGUAUAAGCAAACAAAGAACUUGGAAUCUCAGGGACCUGGAUAUCGGCUAAUACAACCCUCGUGAAAGGAUUCUGUGCAAAUAUUAUUUUUGACAAAUCAGGAAAGUAAUUAUCCUCAAGUUACAAAAACAGUUCAAACUAAAAAACAUAAAGCUAUUCUUUGAAAUUGGGAAAAAGCUGCACUAAAUUUGUUACAUUUCUGUCAGACACCAGGCACAAUGAUUUCCCAUUGUUGGAAAAUGGCGAGAAAGUGACACGUAUCUGUUGAAAACAAUUUGUUAAAUUGGUCUGGCCAAGUAACUAAAAAAAAAAGAAAGAAAAAAAGAGUCUUGUGAACAAAGUGACAUGAUA